GACGUUUAUCAAAAUGUCACAUAUUAUUUAAUUAUUUUUGUGAUGGCGGAUGAAAGCGAUGGUUUUCCACUUCAUAGAGCUGUUUUCGAAAACGACUUACCAAAUUUAUCUCGGUUAAUAAGGAAAUACGAUGUAGCGUUAAAGGAUAAACAUGGAAAUACAGCUUUACAUCUGGCUGUUAUGCUAGGAAGGAAAGAAUGUGUACAGCUGCUAUUAAAACAUGAUGCGCCUGUGAAGGUGAAAAAUGGUUUAGGUUGGACUGUUCUAGCAGAAGCUGUCAGUUAUGGAAAUCGACCUACAAUAUCUUGUUUGGUUAGAAAAUUUAGGCAGCAGUCUAGAGAACAAAUGGAAGAGAGAAGACCAAAUUUAGUGAAAGCUUUAAGUAAAAUUAAUGAUUUUUAUAUGGAAUUGAAGUGGGAUUUCCAAUCAUGGGUGCCCCUUGUUUCAAGAAUCUUGCCAUCGGACAUCUGUAAAAUAUACAAAAGUGGUGCAAAUAUAAGAUUAGACACUACCCUAGUGGAUUUUUCAGAUAUGAGGUGGGAACGUGGCGAUAUAUCAUUUAUUUUUAAUGGAAACGCAAAACCUAAUGAAAGUCUUACCGUUUUAGAUAAUGUAGCUAAAGUUUAUCAAAAAGUUAGACACGAGGAGAGUGAAAUGGAAAUUGAAGACGAAGUGGAUUUAUUAAUGUCUACAGAUAUAAUGGCAGCACAGAUUUCCACGAAAAGCAUAUCUUUCACUAGGGCCCAAUCAGGUUGGAUUUUCAGGGAAGAUCGUAAGGAAAUGGUAGCUGGUCAGUAUGAAAGUGACUUGUAUACGGUACACGGUUUGCAGUUGGAAAGUCGUAAGAGAAGGGAACAUCUAUCUUCAGACGAUUUGCAGAAAAACAAGGCUAUUUUAGAGAGUUUAACGAAAGGAGGGAACUUACAACCUUUAGACCAAGACGGUGCUCCCGUUAGAAGAAACAGUCUAAUACCUCCUCCCGACAAAAAAGUUACCUGGCAAGAGUAUUUAAACGCAGAUGUAAAUAACUAUCCUAGAUUAGGAAGAGAUUUAGUGUAUAAGGAAUCUACGAAGAGUUUUAAAGCGACCAUAGCAAUGAGCUCCGAAUUUCCAUUAUCGGUGGAAAUGCUACUAAAUGUAUUAGAAGUGAUAGCGCCUUUUAAGCAUUUUUCAAAAUUAAGAGACUUUAUAACAUUCAAACUGCCUAACGGUUUUCCCGUAAAAGUUGAAAUUCCUAUUUUACCUACGGUUACGGCUAAAAUAACGUUUCAACAUUUCGAAUUCAGAGACGACAUUCCUAAACAUUUGUUCAUGAUACCAAAAAAUUACGCCGAAGAUCCAACAAGGUUUCCAGAUUUAUGACGGCCUGAGCUGCUGAACUGGUUCGAGCUAAGCUACAAACAAAAACCGGAAUUUUUAUUACCGUACGAUUACGAACGUCAGCGUCAAUUGGCGGCAGCGGCGGCAAACCGUCCCUCCAAAUUGGUAAAAAAAUUAUACACAAAAAAACUGAAAAGUAACCAUCAAACAACGUUCGCUCAAAAUAGUAAUAAUCCAACGAUCAUUGUCGAAGUACCGAUGUUGUUCACCUUGGGCAGCAUCUAUAGUACCAACUGUCAUUUAUACUUGGAAUAGUUCCUCUAUUUUGUUUAUUGUACGGUACCGAAUAACAGAAGUGGGAUUGAAGGAAAAAAAAUCAAUUCUUCACCGAUUGUGGUCUUAGCAAAGCGGUUCGGUAGCUUUAAGUUUAUACUUUUCAUGUUAGAUAAUUUAAUAACAUUUCCAUUAUAUUGAAAUAAUUUUUUACAUUUUUAAAAAAUUAUGUCGUUUACUAUCAUGAGAGUUUUUUCAUUCCUGCAUGUUUAAAUUUGUAAACAUUUUAUAUAAAACAUCAAAAUAAUAAAAAAUACAUUAAGUAUAGUUAGGUUCUAGGUAGUACCAAAGUUUUUUUUAUUUAUAUUCUUAUGCAAAAUCAAUUGUUACCCAAUUACUUUUGCCGGCGAAACUACUGCCAACUAAACAAAUUUUUUAGAUGUUAUAAACCUUAGUGUUUUUUGAUUUUCGUUUCAAAACUAACCUAAAAAUUGUUAUUUAUAUGGUUUUUAUCAUUUUUUAUUGAGUAUCUCUCCUUAUACGUAUAAGUCUGUCCAAUUUUAUAAUAGAUGGAAAUAAAUGUACAAAUACUUAAAAAAUGCUAAUCUUAUGAAAAGUCUUUUUAUAUAUAGUAGAAUAGUGAAAAUUCUCAAAUGAAAAGUGGCUUAAUUUUAUGUUUCACUAUUAUUAUCAGCAUCUUUAUUAUAACAAGUAAAUGUUGAAUCGUGGACAUAAAAAGGAUAAAACUUUGUAAUUGAAAAAAAAUUAUUGUGAUUCCUGCUGAAUAGUACAUUUAGUUAUUUGGAAAUUUUAUAGUAUUGCGCUCCCCCCCUCUUUUUUGACUCUAGUAAGUCGAAUAAUUAUUCGAUUUUAAUGAUUUUUUUAAAAAAUUUUGUUUCUGUAAGAAAAAUGGGACCACAGUACUAUGAAAUUACAUUUGUAUCCCAUAAACACAUGCGUAGCAAAUCUUCCUUUCUUAUAUAAUUUGUUCUCAAAUGUCAAAUGAUCAAUCUCACAUUAUAUACAAUAGUCAAUAAAAAAUUUUAUCCAUUAAGAAAAACAUGAACACCCAAUUCUGGACUCAAAGUCUUAUGACAAUUUUAAUUAUUUUUCUUGAACCUAUUUGAGCGUUUUAUGUAAUUCAAAUAUUUAGUUAAAAUAUUAGCGCUUUUAGUAAAUUCUAAUGUGGUUGUUCAUUUGAACUACUUUCAUAAUUAUGUCAUUGUGUAUAUUAUUCGAUAUUCACAAACUUAUCAACAGCAUACUCGGGUGGUGAAUUUUCUAAUUUUAAUUAAAAUUACAGAAAUAAUUUGACAUUUUCAUUUGUUUUUCUUAUACCUACAGUUGAGUUCUACUAUUUUUUCAUGUACUCCAGAUAUUAUUGAACAAUUAAUCAAAAUAAGUAUUGGAUACACGUUUUUAAUAAAUUUGUUGUAGUUGGACCAUUUGAACUACUGAUCGUUGUACUGUAUGAGGCACCAAACGAAAAUAGUUGUUCAAAUUAAUUUUUUCAUAAAACAUAAAAAAUUAUUGUUCUUUGUCAAAAAUUCAAGUACUUAAAAUUUUUCCAUUAAAGUAUUCUUUAUAUUGUAAAAUUUUAUCUUGAAUGUUAAAUUUUACAUUGAAAGUUAUUUGUAUUACUGUUUUCUAGUCCCUAAUUUAAAAUUUAAAAAAUUGUGUUAUUUAAAAAUUUAGAUUGUAAGUUACUGCGUCAAUAUUUAAAAACAAUUGUCAAUAUUUAUUAUAAGUAGAAUAAAUACGUUAUUUAAAUAUUCACAGGGUAAUUUUAUAAACAAUAUCUAAAUUGUUUA